CGGCCGUCGCGCACCGGUUGACGUCACGGGCGGGCGCGACGCCUGCUCAGGUGUCCUCGCGGUCGCCUGGUGGUUCGUUCAUUCCUUUUGUCGGCGCGUGUGGUGUGCGGAGGUCAGAAGCACAGAAGGCCUUGGGGCGCUGUCCCCGGAGAGUUGGAACUAUGGUGAGAGUAUAUAAAAGACGUGGUCUCUACCUGCAAGAAGUGUUGAGAUCCCAAAUCCUAAUGGUUUUAGGUAUACAACAGAGGUCUUAAGUGACUGAGUUAAAAGUACUACACCUCUCCUGCAGCUUCAGUGUCCCUGCUCAGGCUCAGAGGACAUCAUGGCAUCUCGCCUGAUGCAACGCUGCAUUUGCCUCUUGGCCACCCAUCAGGUCUCACCCUUAACUGUAAUUAGCAGAGUGAGACUGGCCAAGGUCCCCUGCAGCAUGAUGACCACCACACAUGGAUCCACUGUUUCCACUUUGGAUAAUAUCUUAGAUAAGGAGCCAGUGUUCACUCCUUACCCUUGGCCUCAGAAAGUCGACCAGCAGAUUGAGAAGGCCAGGAGCCCUGAGGAAAUACUAGAAUUGCUUGAUGGUAGGCACAAGUUACACCAUAACCAUACUGCCAUCAUGGUUAUUAAGCUUUCUCGACUCUUGGCUGAUAAGCACCAGGAUAGAGACUUAAUCAUUAAAGAUAACCGGGUUCAGAAGCUCUUCCACAGUGUGGACAAGCAGGUAUCUUCAAUCUGGCAUGGAACCCUUAUGAGCUUACUCCGAAGCCUCUAUACAUUACAACUUCGAGAGAAUUCCAGGUGCCUGCGAUCUGUGGAACAAGAGGUUCGCUGGAGGCUUCGUCGAGUUAAAUAUAAGAACCUAGUUUUUCUGGCAGAGACAAGCAUCCCCUACAUGCAAGAGCAGGCUUCAAAGGAGCUGCUUACGGAACUGCUGAUGUACUUGGAGCGACGAUGGACAGAGAUUGAUGACUGCCGCACUGUAGUGACCCUCAUGACUAAAGUAGGGCACCUCUCAGAGCCACUAAUGGGCCGUCUAGAGGACAAGUUCCUGGAGCUGGCAGAGCAGUUUGGCCCUGAGGACCUUCGGAGAGUGAUGCUGACCUUGGCGUCUCAGAACCGGCGAUCAGUGCCCCUUCUUCGGGCCAUCUCCUACCACCUGGCUCAGAAACCUUUUACCCUGACAAGAGGAAUGCUGAUUGACUUCGCAUAUGCUUAUGGUAAACUAAACUUCCACCAAACCCAGAUAUUCCAGAAACUCGCAGCUGAGCUAUUGCCCCAGGUAUCCAGCAUGACGCCCAGUGACAUAACUCAGUGCUCUAAGUCCUUUGCCUUCCUCAAGUGGCUCAACUUGCCUCUUUUUGAAGCUUUUGCCCAGCACAUGCUAAACAAGGCAGACAGCUUUACCCCACUCCAGCUGAGCAACAUGAUCCUGGCAUUUGCUCGUCUGAACUUUCAUCCUGAGCAAGAAGAGCAGUUCUUCAGUUUGGUGCAUAAAAAGCUGGAGCCAGAGCUGGCCAAUCUGAGCCCCAUCCUGCAGGUUGAUGUGGUGUGGUCCCUGUGUGUACUACAGCAAGUGCAGGAGGCCCAGCUUCAAGGUGUUCUCUGCCAGGAAUUUCACAAGCAAUUUCUAGACAGCAAGUUCCCUCAGAACCAGAACAUCUGCCAGAAGCUGGUCCAUAUUAAUGCCACCGCUCAACUGGAGCAUCCAAAGUACAUUGGACCCUACUUGCCACUUGCCACUUGCCAACAGGCCUUCCGCCUCCAAACCUCCACAUCUAGGAAGAUGACGCCCAUGCAGAAGGAUCUGCAGGACAUAAUGAAAGGGUGGCUGGGAAGUGAGGACAAGGUCCGUUUUGGAGAGACUACUCAGUAUGGCUGGGAGUUGGAUGCUGAGUUGGUACUUGAUGUGGAGAAUCAGCCUCUGCCCAUGAAGAACUUUAUAGCACCUCACCUGGCUCAGCCAACUGGAACUCAGCCGUUACCCCCUGGUGCCAAGAGGUUGGCUUUUCUUCGAUGGGAGUUCCCCAAUUUCAACAGCCGAAGCAAAGAUCUGCUGGGUCGAUUUGUUAUGGCUAGGCGCCACCUUCAGGCUGCAGGCCUCCUGGUGGUAGAUGUUCCCUACUAUGAGUGGCUGGAGCUGAAGUCUGAAUGGCAGAAGGGUGCCUACCUCAAGGACAAGAUGGGGAAGACUGUGGCAGAGGACCUGGCCAAGUGACCUUCCUUUUCCAGCCUUAUAUUAGCUCCAACCCUGCAGAGGAAGCACUUAUGUUGAAGGGGAUCUUUUUUCCUUUGAGGCAGCCGGAGCUUACUCCCAGAUACUUGGAGCAGCACUGGCUCAGCCUGACAAGAGCAUGACUGGGUACAGGAUGCCAGUUGUUUUAGAGCCUCUCUUUGAUGACUUGGUUUCUGCUGCUACUGAACCGAAGAUAUUGGAUAACUCAGUCCUAUUGUGGGGGUGGGGAGGGUCUAACCUAUAUUUCCUCCUUGUAAAGGACAUUUCCUCAAUAAAGGUUUCCCUCUGA